GUGGCCUUCUCCCUUCUCUUUUCUGAUUGAGGUGGGUAAAAACCCUGGGUGUCCUUUGGUGCCCUGUGCUUACUUCACUGGGUGGAUUUGGCCCUCAGGAGCACUGUUAGGCAGGUGGUCCUGCUCAAGUGGGUUUGGUCAGUUGAAAUUUGGUGGCCACUGAUUAUCUAGCUGAUCUACUCUCCCCACUUCUUGUUGGCAAGUGUUCACUUCAGUGGGUGUGGUAGGGUGCAUAGCUGGGUUCUCAGAAUAUAGGGAUGGCCACCCAGCGCCCAGGGUAGCACACUGAGUCACGACUAGACCGAGGGAGGGGCCCUAGCAGGUGGGUGACUCCUGGUGCGGCAGCAGCUGCAGCUCAGGGCUGAGGGCUGCUGGGGAGGUGCUCUGAGGCAGCGACAGGAAGUGAGGUGGGGAGCUCUACCAGGCCCACAAAGACCUUCCUGGCUGCCCCAGACAGGGCCGUGGAGGAGCUGCGUGGUGGCCUUGGCCCCUGCCUCACAGGAUGGGGCAACCAGUGCCCUUGGCCCUGCCCACCCUCUGGGUCCUAGGGUGCUUCUCCCUGCUCCUCUGGCUGUGGGUGCUGUGCACAGCCUGCCACAGGACACGGGUGCCGAGGCAUCGGGCCAGGCUGCAGGGCAGCAUGAUGCCAGUGCAAGUGCAGGUCCGGCACCAGGCUGUAGGAGCUGCACCGCGGCCCACACAGCAGCAUCCCCCACGGCCUGCCAGCAUGGAUCUCCUGCACCCACACUGGCUGGAAGUGCCCAGGAGCAGCACCAGGCCACAGGCAGCCCCCUCCAUCUUCCCACCACAGCAGUUGCCUAAGGCCUCUCCUGUCUCCCCUUCACCCUUCAUUGGCCCUGAGGACACUUAUUCCAACAUAGGGCUGGCUGCAAUCCCCAGAGCCAGCCUGGCUUCGAGCCCUGUGGUGUGGGCAGGGACACGGCUGACCAUCGGCUGUGCCAGGCCUGGGCCUGCGGCCAGACCUCUGGUGGCUGAAUAUGCCUGCAUCCAGAAGCUCAAGGGGACAGGUCAGGGUCCCCAAGAACUGCAGCAGGGGACUGCUGAGAGGAUCCCAACUGCUCAGGUGGACAUCCUGUACUCCAGGGUCUGCAAGUCUGAAAGCAGGGACCCAGGACUCAUAAAAAACCAGCUAGACCUCAAGGGUGGGGGAUCGAUUCUGGCCCCAAGGAAUGACUUGACCUGUGAGACCCUCCCCCUCAGGGACCUGAGCAUGGACAGCAGGCCCCUGGAAAAUGUGUAUGAGAGCAUCCAGGAGAUGGGGCCCUGAGCAGGAUUCACCCCUCCUGUCUACCUGGUAAUACAGUGGAUAUGUGCAGGUGCCAGGCCCCCGUUUCUGCCUCGGGAGGGUUUGGAGACCCCUGAACACCCAGUAUUUACUAUGUUCCUUUCUCCAGAGUGAGCUCCCUGCCCCUGCAGCUGACAGCACAAAUCCCAGAUCCCAAGGCUUCUAGCCUGUGAGGUUCUAUUUCCACCGUCCACAUGUCCUCUCCCUGCUCCACAGAAGGCCUACAUCCUAAUAAAGUUCCAUCAAACAAG